AUGUUCGAACUCAUUAUCAUCGCAUUGCUAUCUGAAGUGAUUUUGUCUGAACGACCGUCACCGCCUGCUAUUGAGACGUCAAAAUCUGUCAAUGCACCAACGGCAAAAUGCGAAUUUACCGUACAUAAAGAUGGUCCAAAAGGUCCCCUCGUAUCAGGGACAGCUUUGGAUGUCGAGCUCUACUAUAAAAUACAAUGUAAUCCUCACGAUGGUUACUGCCUCUUAGUAGCAAAUUGUACCCUGAGCUCAGACGAAGCUGGGUUCAAACCCUAUCCAAUCAUUGACAAGCUUGGAUGUUCUUUGGAAUCUUCACUCUACGAUAACGUCGAGUACCUGUCGACGUAUACGGCUGGCAUCCGAAAUCCAUAUCCCGUACGCUUCCGAUCGUCUUCUGGAGCAGUGCUUCUUUACUGUGUCACGACCUUGAUACCGACUGAAAUGGACGGCACAUGCCCCCGUUCCGAGUGCGCAAAACCCAGCACUGAUUCGUGA